CCUGCGGCACUCAACGUUUGUUGUGCAUAAUGGAGGGAAAAACCUCCUUCUAAAACACAACCACGACGCAGCUACAAUGGAAAACAGUUACACGUUUGGAAUACACUUGACCCGCAUGUGCGGAAGAUUGUUUUGUGCCUUUAAAUGUUAUAGCCAAGCCCUCAUCUUUUUUCUCCCCUUCCUCCCCUCCUUUUAUGGUUCCAGUUAGCCAAAGAUGCCUGCAUUUGAUUAUGACUUCUAUGUCAAUAAUGCCUGUUUUGAAAAACACACUUAAAAGGCCCUGGAACAAAGAUGAAGAAGAGGGAAAGUGGGUGAGGGGGAAGGAGAAAGAGAGGAUUGAAGGCAAGAAGAGACAUAGUAAGGUAUAUAUGACUUGACGAUCACUUGUUGCUGCAUUGUGUUGGUCUAGUCUUUCACUGCUGAAAACACAAAUAUAUCUGUGACCUUUUUUGGUGGAAACGAUGAGACGGAGAAAAGGAAGCGGAAACAAAAAGGAAACAAAUAGUAAGUAAGUGAUUUUAACCAUAUCAGUGUCGUAAAAAGUCAUAUGCACUACUUUUUUCCACAGCUUGGAUCUAGUGGUGGCAUUCUUAAUGCAUAAAAACACAAAAGCUCCCUCAUCCCCAUCUUCCACAUGCUGGAGAGAGAGUCAAUAGAAAACCCCUGACAUCAAUUUAGUAAUCUAUCAAGUAUCUUACGAAAGACAAUUUUCACACAUUGUGAAACAUAGCAUUUAUUUUUUUGGACUCAUAUUCCCCAACUACAUUUAAGAAAUCUGUAUGACCCGAGGUGUCCUCCGUGCAGGAAUUCACGGCUGAAACAAAUUCCAGAACUAGAGUUGAAAUGGAUGGUAAAUUAAUCAAUCAUUUAUUUUUAUUAGCACAAUGCCCCAUCGAUAAUACAUUGUGUCCGUCUUUUAGAAAAAGCCAAUCGUUAUGUGGUUUCAUGUUUUUUAGUGAAAGGAUUUGUGAUUUGUCUGUCUCAAUAACAACAAUAACAAACAGAUUUUUUGUUAAUUAACACAUGGUUGAACGCUUUGCAGAUAAAAAACAAAACACUGCAAACCACAUGGUAUUUGUCUGCAUGUGCGGUCACGCUGCAGCGGUGUGCAUUUGCCAGUUGGUCGGCCAUAAGUAGGUGAGCCAGUCAGUCACUAAGAAUCAGCAGAUGUGCUGAUGAUGAAAUUAAUGUUUACUUGGGAGUGAAUGUUUAAGUAUAUACUGUUGUAUUUGGACUCGCAUAUAGUGUACACAUCUGUCAGUGUGUUCACACGCAACACGGCGUCCCUUAUAAGUGCCUUUAGGCUUUUUUAAAUCAUUGACACAGCAGUGUUUCCCCUACCAUUAUAUGGUAUAUUACUUAAUGUUGCUUUAGGUGGUGUCUCCCUUGUUGGGAAUGUGUGAUGAAACACCUUAUACCUCAUAUAACAGGGAGAAACAUUAGAUACAUUAAUACAUUUAGUCAAUGAAUUAAUUGAAUUUAAAUCACCCCUUUCAAACAUGUGCUUUUCUCUGGUAAAAUCAAAUAAACUAAGUUAGCUAGCUUAGCACAGUGCAGACUCCAUCUGGUCUUCAGUGAUGUCAUCAGAAUCACUGUCAACAACCAAUAGGAUCAAAGCCAUUCUAUGACAUCAUUCUUGGAUCCCAUGAUUCAAUAUUCCACUACUUUCUGGGAGUGAAGAGUGCACAGCUGCCGUCCUAACCAUCUUACCACCAAUUAACAUUUUUGAAACUUUGAAUAUUAAAGCUUCAAAAAUGUUUUCAGGUAGCGACAUUUCAGGGAUAAGGACACUUUUUGAAACAGCUGAUUUAGAUAGAGGUGGCAGGCUGGACAUAGACGAAUUUUGUGCAGGACUUAAAGAAGUCCUGGGUACAGACAAUAAUGACGAACUCAUUUCGUUAUUCCACAAGAUUGACACGAACUGUGAUGGAUCUGUUGACUUUCCAGAGUUAGCCGAAUACCUUGUUUGUAAAAAAAAUGUGUCAAUAGAUUUGGAUGAUGUCUUCCAUAAAUCUAUGAAAGUAGUACCCAUGAAUCACUACAAAAAUAUUGUGCAAGUGAUAUUUCAUACCCUUGGAGAUGACAAGAAACCUGAAUGUGAAGCCUCUGUUGUAACAGGACAAAGCAGGACUUACCAGACCGGGCAAUACAUGACCAUUAGCUCUGAUGGAAUGUUGACCUUCUUGUCUGACAAACUUGAUAUUUCACACAGCGUUUCAUUAAACACAAGGAAAAAGGCCAUUCCAUUUUCUCAUGUUAAGAAAAUGUGGGUAAAUGGAAUGACCUACAUGGAAGAAUUCCAAGAGCUGGCUAUUAUCACUUCAGAGAGAGAAGUGUUAUUCUACGACUGCAAAAGAUUAGCCGAUAAACCUUCGAUCGCUUAUGCUUUAAUUGUAGAGGUUAAUACAUUAAGUGUCAUAAACUACGGGUUUUAUGAUAAAAAAGCAGUGUUAUCCUUUGGGGACGUUGAAGGUUUUUUGUAUGUGCUGAUCUCCCACAGGAAAUGGGAGUUCUUCAGCCCAAAGGCUUUUGAGAAAAUCUCUCUCCGGAAGUAUAGAAGUGCUUAUGUUUCAACUUUGUUAAACAAUACCUUUCCAGGAUUCCGGUGUGUUAAAAUCCCCAUCUUCAAAGACAUCUGCACUCAAAUCCAAUACAGUCCAACAAUUGACUCACUGGUCAUUUGCGGUAGUUCGUCAAAGACAAUGGUCUUGAUGGCCCUACAUGGGUAUGGACAAGAGGAAUUCUCUAAAACAGUCUAUGAGAGCACUAAAAAAGAGGCCUCUUUCACCUGCGUUCAAUACGCCUCAUUGCAUGACAUUUUGUUGACUGGGGGUACGGAUGGCAAGCUGCGUCAGUGGUGGCCGGGAAACACAUUUUGCUCAAAAUCAUUGCCCGGCCACGUCAAACCCAUCACCCACAUUACUGUCAAUUCUAUCGACAAAAUUGUGGUCACUUUAUCUGAGGACAGGAAUGUCCGUGUGUGGUCCGAAGACGAUUUGCUGCCUUUGCAAAGCUUUGUGGCUAAAGGCAUGGAACAUGGCCCAAUCACCAGUGUGUGUCAUAACACAUACAACAAUGAGUUAGUGCUGGCUAACACCAAAUUAGGAUCCUAUUUUGGAAGAGGAACGGAUGUUUAUAAAAAGGCAUUAAAAUCCCAUGACAUGCCCAUAUGCGGUGCUCUCUAUCACAGAAUUCAUAAUCAGGUCAUCUCUAUUUGCCAAAAUGGUGUGGUGUCUGUAUGGGAUGUCUUGACGGGAAAGGCCACCGCACGGUUCAACGUAAAUCCGGAUCCGCAUGUGGGACACACUGCCAUUGCAUUUGAUGGGCCGCAGCGUAGAUUAAUAACAGCUUCUCCAGAUGGAAAAUUGAGACUCUGGAACUUUAACAAUGGAAAAUUGCUCACCGUUCUUCCGGUCGCCUUGCCAAUAGUGGUGACAGAUCUUGUCUGCUACAAAAAUAGUGUGUUUGUUUCGGGACGGAACUCCAAAACCAUUUAUGUCGUGGAUAUUGAGGGAAGGGACAACAGAAUUUUGAGGCAUCCUUUUUUAGAUGACAUUUCCUCAAUGGAUGUGCAUGAAGAAAUAUUGAUUGUUGUCUCCAGCAAUAACAAUAUUGUCGUCUGGAAUGCUGAAACUGCAGACGUUCUCAGCUGGAUUAAUUCGAGCAAGAGUCCCAAAACAAUAAUGGCAAUGGAAAAAGAACAAGGCCUGACAGGAAGUCUACCAGUCGAAAAAAAUCAUAAUAAAUUCUCCCAAAUCCCAAAGAAUCAAAAACAAAAUCAAAUCAGGGAAACGACUCAUGUGGUAAAAUGCCUUCGUACACGGGAGGUCAAAGCUGACACAGCAACACUGUUGUCUGCUGCAGAUGGCUACAUAUGUGCAUGGUCUGUUAACGUCAAGGGAGGUCUGCUCGCAAAGUUCAGAGCAGUGGAUGAGGAAGGUGCCGUCAUUACCACUAUGACGACCGACAUGGGAGAAAAUACAUUGCUGACCGGGGAUAGCGCUGGAAAUUUUUGCCAUUGGGAUAUCAAAACAUUUGGUUUUAAGACUCAGGCAACGGAAGAGCCAUUUGAGAUUCAAAAUGGAUGGCCUUGGUCCGUGGCCCCACCACCUCUGUUGGGCUCCUGGCGAUGUCACACUAAAGCUGUGGUGAGUGUACAGAGUGACCGCAGUUGCAAAAUGUUCAUUACAGCAGGGUUGGACUGCAACCUCUGCCUAUGGGGACAUACAGGCUCCCAUAUAGGCGUUUUUGGUAAAGAUAAGUGGAACGCUGAUCUCAGCCUUGAGGAAGUCCAGAAAGAGGAACCAGGAUUUGUCCCAGCAUCAAUAAAUACAGAAAAUGAAAUAGCUGACCUUCCGAAGCCAUUACAGCUCCCAUUACCAAUGUCAAAAUUGGAAAAGCGAAGGGAUCAAAUCGACAUGGUAUACAUCCCACUUAAACUAGAUGAGGAAGAGUCGGAAGUCAGGGUCGAAAAAAAGUCAAAAGUCACGGUAAAAAAAACACAGCCCUUGCGAAUGCAAACUACGUAUGAUUAUGGAGGUGUGCGCAGUAUACAGCAUGAAGACACGUUCAAAGACGCUGUCCUCAAAAGUAUUCCAAGCACCUUGCCAGGCAAGCAGCAGAGGAAGAAAAUAAGGCCUUUACGCUUUCCGCUCAUCAGUGACAGUGUUCAGCCUCGGCUCAACCCACAACCGCCUGGCACAUCAGCACAUUCACCCAUACGCAGUGGGGCUGAACCCAGACAGCAUCGGUAUCAGAUCAACCCACAGCCUCGGGCAGCUGAGCAUGUACGCUUUCCACCCAUUCGCAAUGGGGUUCAGCCACGACAUCAGCUGACCCAGCUCAAUCCACAGCCACCUAAGACUUCCGACCAUGUACACCUUCCACCCAUCUGCGCCGCUGGGGUUCAGCCACGAGAUCAUCCAACCCAGCUCAACCCACAUCCGCCAGCCGGUCCUGCAAGCACUCUGAGAGUUAUGAAUCAGCAGCGGUCUCUGAAAAACGCCAUUUCCAAAUAUGGACGUCUGCUCAAGAUUCAGCAAAACGACACGUUGGAAGACAUGGACCUCAAACCUUGUCGACCAAGCCCUCCGAUAGCUAUGAAUCAGCAGUCGCCCGAGACAUUAACCAACACCGUGUCCACCAGUGAGCGUCGGCUUGAGAUUCUGCCGGGAGACGCACAUGUUCCGAAAUCGAUGAUAACCUCACUGCGCAAGCAGCUACCGCCUCCUCUACAGGAGGCUGUCUCCAUGACGAGUCUUGCCCAUGGAAGAAGCUCUGAGCUGGGGGGCAGAGAACGGAAAAAUGCCCUCUCUACUGGAGGAGGACCUUUCACACUGGGACCUCCAAUCAAAGACGUGUCUCACCAGCCUCCCAACCUGUACACUCCUCCUCAUCCUUUCUUCACCUUCCCUCCUGAAAUUGCAUUUCCUCCUUACUUCUUCAAAAAAUGA